AUGGAUUUGCCAUUAUCCAACGAAACUGAUUUGCAAUUUGAAGCUCAACAAAUCAAAUGGUAUGCAAUGACGUUCAUUCGAUGCUUCUGCUUAAUCAUGAUUCCAUUUGGUAUUAUCGGUCAUCUAUUAAGUAUCUUCGUUUUUACUCGUCGAACAUUGAGAACGAAUCCGUGUGUCAUGUACCUAUUUGCUGCGACUGUUUCUGGACUUCUUAGUUCGUGUUUUAUUCUCCCAAUGCGACUAAUCCAAGCGGGAUACAUCGACAUCGAUCCAACUCUUCAUUCACUCAUUGCAUGCAAAAUCAUCUGGUUUCUUCUGUACUCGAUCAGAUUGUUAGGUUUUUGGUUUAUUGUUUUAGCAUGUAUCGAUCGAUAUUUGUGUAGUUGUUCAUCGACAGACAAACGAGCAUGGAGCAGCACUCACGUGGCUUCUCGAGCUAUUCUCAUCACUACUAUUAUGUGUUUUCUUGCUUAUGUUCAUAUUCCUAUUCACUUUCGCUUUUAUAUCGAACCAGCAACACAAAAACGUGUUUGUCACAGUGCUGGUCCGUUGGGUAUCUAUCGGAAGAUCUUUUCGUUCUAUAAUUUGAUCAUCUUUGGUUUUCUUCCACCUUUUUGCAUGUUUAUAUUUGGAUUACUUACUCUGAGACAUGUUCACGAAAAAGAGACUUUCUAUAUGACGGCUCGCGUCAAUUCUGCAAAACUAAAAGCAAAAGUUUCAGAUCGGCAAUUAUGUCGCAUGUUAUUCACCCAAGUGUUUAUUUACGGCAUAACAGGACUAGUAUUCUGUGCGGCAUUUAUUCACAUAUCAAUGAAUAAAAGUUCACGGAAGACUAUUCUCGACAUUGCGUACGAAGAUUUGACUAUUACAAUUGUUGGAAUGCUAUCAAAUAUUGGUCCUUGCUCAAGUUUUUAUUUAUAUACAUUAUCGAGCCGGCUCUUUCGAAAAGAACUAAAGAAUCUUUUCUAUUCAAGUCACACACGUGCGAUGCAACUGAACGAUUGUUGUACAGAUACGAAUGAGUUAGAGUUAGUAACAGUCCUACAAUCAGAUUUAUGCUGA